UAUAUCUAUCUAUCUCAUACUACUUAGUAUAAUACGCAGACGAGGUAUCUAAGGUAGUUCUGAGGGGUGCCUGCUAUCUAAUACAUUUAUCGCGCUCGGUCACGUCCGUGGCUCAGGCACGCAGCAGCAAGGUUUAGAAAACGCACAUCUAGAGACGUUACACAACACACCCCAAAGACAACAUGCAGACCAUCAAAUGCGUGGUAGUGGGCGACGGUGCGGUCGGAAAGACUUGCUUGCUCAUUUCAUACACAACAAAUAAGUUUCCAAGUGAGUAUGUGCCCACUGUGUUCGAUAACUAUGCCGUCACUGUCAUGAUCGGAGGCGACCCUUAUACUCUAGGCUUAUUCGAUACUGCCGGACAGGAAGAUUACGAUCGUCUACGUCCCCUAUCGUACCCACAAACAGAUAUUUUCCUAGUAUGCUAUUCAGUCGUCGUCCCAAGUUCAUUUGAAAAUGUACGGGAUAAGUGGGUGCCAGAAAUUGCGCAUCACUGCGCCAAAACUCCCUUUCUUUUGGUAGGCACACAAGUCGAUUUGAGAGAAGACCAACAAAGCAUAGCGAAGCUACAAAGACUAAAGCAAAAACCUAUCCAGUACGACCAAGCCGAGCGAAUGGCUAAGGAUCUCAAGGCGGUGAAAUACGUAGAGUGCUCUGCACUGACGCAAAAGGGACUCAAGAACGUUUUCGAUGAGGCCAUUUUGUCGGCACUACAACCCCCAGAGUCAUCUAAGAAGAAGAAAUGUACACUCCUAUAAAGUGCUCCUGUGAAGUGAC